AUGCCAGCACAGGCAGAUAAAUUCCAGGCUUCAACUGUUGUAGAAGUAAAGCAAUCUGAUCAUAACCUUCGUAAUAGAAUUGUAAAUAAUAAACCGGUUACAUUAAACGGUAAUAUGAAACCUGUUGGACUAAGUCUCAAUGAUAAUGAUAGUUUAAAAACACCAACAAUACUUGGCAAUAGCGAAGUGGCAUUAAAGACACCAACUUUACUUGGAUCUCCUACCAAAGGACCACUUUCUACUAUUGGUCAUUGUGAAGAAUUAACUACACCAAAAUUCAGUCUUAAUUCUUAUUCAUCGAAUAAUCAAACUCAAGCGUUUUUUGGUGAACAUGAACCUUUAUUAACUGGUCCUUCAGGUGCUUCAACAUCAGCAGUAAAUCAAAAUGAUACUAAAGAUCAAAAAGCCACAAUCACAUUCAAAGGAAGUAUUAGUACAAGCAUCAGUACUUUUGGUACUCAAAACGUUAAUUCACCCGGUCUUAGUGCAUCAAUGUUCCAAUUUUCUCCAUUGGUCGAACAUUUUUUGCAAUCAAUUACCAAAUCGCAACAAACUGGCACGAAUCUUCCUCUACUUGUACUCGAUUCAAAUGCAAAAACGCCUGGUGCUACUGAUACUCCCGAUUUAUUUAAGGUUUUACGAGAUAAGAAGGAUGGCAUAAUUCCGAGCAGUUCUUCUCAGACUUCGUCGACAUUAUGUUCAUCAGGCUCACAACAUGUUCUUACUUCUGAAUAUCAACAAGUUAUAUUUGAUUUAUAUAAUUUAGUUAAUCGCGGUGGGAAUAUUCGUCGUACACCACCUCCAGGUCCUUCUGGUGUAAAUCAAAAUGGUUUUUCUGGUGGAGCAAUUUGUUCUUCUUUGCAUUAUUCACAUCAUCACGCACGUGGUACUUGCUCAUCGCAUCCAGUUAAUUUGUCGGGCACUUCAACUCAGGCUCACAAUCCGAAAUAUCAUGUAGGGGGUAGAAAUAUGGACGAAUCUCUAGCAUCACUAGAACUUUUAAUUACAACGUUGAUUCAACAGAAUAUUACAUGUAUGGUUAGUCCAGCUGAACCAUGCAUUCAAGGUGCACAGUCACUAGCUGCUCGACCUGUUCCAUCAUCAUCCCAAGGGUCACAUUAUUCUACCUGCAGUUUUUCAAGUAGUGCUCCAGCUCAGUGUUCUCCAUCGCAAACUUUACGAACCCAAACUCCAAAUGCUAGCCAAGGUUCAUCACAGACAUCAUUUAAGACAGAAUUCCGACCUAAACUUGAACCCGUCGAUGAUUACUACCAACCAUCGGUAGCUUUUGAAGGUUAUCCAGAGUUCGAAAAUAUUAGCAGCCAGUCAAUUGAAGAUCACAAAAAUACAAGUGCGUCAAGUGCGUCUGCAGCAGGUCCGAGCACUUCAACGAAAAUUCGAAAGUAUCCAACUCGUCUUACGAAAUUGCCUCUUCAUGAACGACCAUAUAAAUGCCCUAUAGAAGACUGUGACAGGCGUUUCUCGAGGUCCGAUGAAUUAACAAGGCAUAUCAGAAUACAUACUGGACAGAAACCUUUUCAAUGCCGCAUAUGCAUGAGAGCAUUUUCGCGGAGUGACCAUUUAACGACUCAUGUUCGCACACAUACGGGUGAAAAGCCAUUUAGUUGCGAAGUAUGCGGUCGAAAAUUUGCACGUUCCGAUGAACGAAAACGCCAUACGAAAGUUCAUGCUAAACAAAAGGUGAUUUUUUAA